AUGUCCGUACUUGAACAAUUGAAAAAAUUCACCACUGUCGUUGCCGAUACUGGCGACUUUGAAACUAUUGCUGAAUACAAGCCGCAGGAUGCUACCACAAACCCAUCGCUCAUUUUGGCAGCUACUGAAAAGCCGCAGUAUCAAAAGUUGAUCCAAGAUGCCAUCCAGUUUGGUAAGAGCAAAGGCGGCUCUUUGGACGAUCAGGCAAGCUGGGCUAUGGAUAAGCUGUUGGUGAACUUUGGUAUCGAGAUUCUCAAGAUUGUACCCGGAAGAGUUUCGACUGAGGUCGAUGCACGGCUCUCGUUUUCAACAGAGGCCACUAUCGAAAAAGCAAAGCGUUUGAUUCAAUUGUACGCUGAUGCUGGUAUCGAUAAGAAGCGCAUCUUGAUCAAGAUUGCUUCUACGUAUGAAGGCAUUCGGGCUGCUCAUACUCUUGAAACAGAACACGGAAUCCACUGCAACUUGACGCUGUUGUUCAGCUUCCCACAAGCUGUCGCAUGUGCCGAAGCUGGCGUCACUCUGAUCUCACCCUUUGUCGGCCGUAUCUUGGACUGGUACAAAAAGAACGCGCCUGGCACUGACUAUGAAGGAGCGAACGACCCGGGUGUUCAAUCCGUCACCAAAAUCUUCCACUAUUACAAGCAACACGGGUACAAGACUAUUGUGAUGGGCGCCUCUUUCCGCUCGGUCGAAGAGAUCAAAGAACUAGCUGGCUGUGACUUUUUGACCAUCUCACCCAAAUUGUUGGCCGAACUCGCCAAGGACAAUGGCAAGCUUGCGCAGAAACUGGGUACUGACCAGGCAGUUCAGCAUGACAAGCAGGAGAAAGUCACAUUUUUCACAGAUGAAAAUGCGUUCCGUUGGGAGUUUAAUCAGGAUGCCAUGGCGGUGGAUAAGUUGGCUGAAGGUAUUCGCAACUUUGCCAAGGAUGGAAACAAGCUGCUGAGCUCUCUCAAGGAUGGUAUUCAAAAGAACGCUUAA